UCACACUAUUAGGCUAUCCCACUUCUCUAAUUCACAGAUUUCAUUUCUUGUACGUUGCACAGAAAAUUAAGAAUGAUGUCCAGUAUGGGGGAGACUGUAAUGAGAAUGGGAACACUCAUGGGAAGUAUCAUGUUUAUUUAUACCAUGAUUCAACAAUUCAUCCCACGGCAAAUCUCUGAUUAUCUCUCAGUAUACAUGCACCGAAUUACGGCAUUUCUAAAUCCUUACAUGGAGAUAAGCUUCGAUGAAUUCACUAGUGGUGGUGGUGAAUGGUUGAAACUAAGCAAAGCGUACACCGCAGUUGAAGCUUAUUUGGGUCCUAAAAGUUCUAAAUUUGCAAAGCGACUGAAGGCUCGGAUAGUGAAGGGAAACAAGGGUCUUGUCUUCAGCAUGGAUGAUUAUGAAGAGAUAGUUGAUGAUUUUGAAGGGGUGAAAAUCUGGUGGUCCUUGGGCAUUACUGUCCCGGAAACCAAUUCUUUUUCUCGUUAUCCUUCGGCUACCGAGGAGCGACGACACUUGACGCUCACAUUUCAUCAGAAACACCGUGCAAUUGUCACCAAGUCAUAUCUAAAUCAUGUCAUCAAGGAGGGAAAGGCAAGCAUGAUUGAGAACAGAAACAUACGGCUCUACUCUAAUAAUGCAAACCAGGGGUAUUAUGAAUACAAGAAGACAUUGUGGAGUCAUGUAGAGUUUGAGCACCCCGUGACAUUCGAUCACCUCGCAAUGGAUCCAGCAAAAAAACAAGAAAUUAUCGAUGAUCUUGUGACGUUUAGUAUGGGGAGAGACUACUAUCUGAAGAUUGGCAAGCCAUGGAAGCGUGGGUAUCUCUUGUAUGGUCCCCCGGGUACUGGUAAGUCUAGUAUGAUUGCUGCCAUGGCUAAGCUUUUGCAUUAUGAUAUAUAUGAUCUUGAAUUAACGGCAGUGAGAGACAAUAGCGAGCUUAAAAAGCUUUUACAUGAUACAUCAAAUAAGUCUAUUACUGUAAUAGAGGAUGUCGACUGUUCACUGGAUCUUACCAGCAGACGGGAGAAGAAGAAAAUGGAGGAAGAUGAAAAAGAAGUAGAAGAAAGUAAUGAAGACAUCAGCAGGGUUACGCUAUCUGGGCUUCUUAAUGUCAUAGACGGGUUAUGGUCAGCUUGCAGCAAAGAACGAAUCUUUGUGUUCACCACUAACUACGUCGAGGAAUUAGACCCAGCUCUAAUUCGUAGAGGCCGGAUGGACAAACACAUUGAACUGUCGUACUGCUGUUUUGAAGGAUUCAAAUUGUUUGCGAAGAUAUACUUAGACCUGGAGUCUCAUGAACUCUUUGGCACCAUAAGACAGUUGAUCCAUGAGGUAAAUGUUUCUCCUGCUGAUGUUGCUGAGAAUCUAAUGCCUAAAACCAUCAAAAGAGACUCUCAAGUUUGUUUGCAAAACCUGAUAAAGGCUCUUGAGAAGAUAAAAGAAGAUGGAAAGUUGAAAGCUGAGGAAGAAGAAGAAUAGAAGAAGGAAAACGAUCAUGCAUGGACAUGUAUCAUUGAUUUGGUUUAACGCGUGCUUUGUGAAUUUAUUUGAACUUCAAAAUUUGCUGCUAUUUUAAAAUUUAAUCGGUCUUGUUGUCACGGGAUCCAAAACAUAAAUAUUCAUCUUU